GUGCAAGCUACUGCUUGUGCUUUUGCUGCUAUCCGGGCUGAUGGAUCUGUGGUGACUUGGGGUGAUGGUGGCUGUGGUGGCGACAGCAGUGCCGUACAUGAUCAGCUCCAGAACGUACAGCACGUGCAAGCUUCGCGCUGUGCGUUUGCUGCGAUCCGGGCUGAUGGAUCUGUGGCGACUUGGGGUUAUGGUGGCUCUGGCGGCGACAGCAGUUCUGUACGAGAUCAGCUCUAG